AUGGCCAGCCUUGCUGGGAGUAAACGUCCCGCAGAGGUCGCACUGGCGGCCGAUGGCUCCGAGCCAGAGCGCAAACUGACUAAAACGCAGCGUCGACGCGAGCGCAAGCAGACGCCGGCGGAGAAGCUUGAGUACCAGUACCGUAUUCAAGUGCAGAAAUGCGCCCAGGAGAACGAUGCCACUCGUGCGCUGGAAGUGUACGAACAGAUGAAGCGCGAGGGUGUAAACGUGGCCCCGUACAUCUACAGCGUGGUCAUCAAUGUGUGUAGCAAGGCUGACGACCCAGCGGCGUUUAAGAACGGAGCCUACAACGUGUACCAGGACAUGAAGCAGGCCAGCGCCGCCUCCAAGCAGAAGAAGAAAUCGGACUCGAGCGAACCCAUGUAUAGCGCCAUGAUCAAGCUCUGCAGCAAGGCACAGGACUUUGACACGUGCGAAAUAAUCAUUACCGAGAUGGAGGUCGCAAAAGUGGAUCCUAAACUGCGCACGUUCAGUCCCCUGCUGCAAGCGCUCAGUGACGCAGGCAACUUGGACAAGUGCAUCGGGGUGCACGAGAAGCUGCUCUCACAUGAAUUGGAACUCACAGAGGACGACUAUGUGGCGUUGCUACGUGCGAGCGUGAAGGCUGGCAGCGGCGAGCGGUUCUACGCGUUCCUGGACAGCUUCAUUGAUGAGAUCUGGCAACCCAGUCUGUCGACGUGGGACGUGCUAAAGGAAUGGUUCAACAGCGAGGCAGCUCGGAUGAACGGCCGCACGUGGAAAAUUACUGAGGGCUCUGUGAGCAGAGAAGGCGUGUGCUUCGUGACAGGUGACCAGUUGCAGUCAGUGGAGCUGUCAGCGAAGUCGACGGCCGAGUUGCUGGCGAAGAUCGAGAACCUCGUGCGCACGGACGAGAAGCGCAUGACGCAAUGGGACGAGUUUAAGCAGUGGCUGGAGGAGUUUGGGCCUUAUGAUGUGGUCAUCGAUGCCGCCAACGUGGGCUAUUGCAACCAGAAUUUCGAGGGUGGUGGCUUCAACUACGCUCAGAUUGAGCUCAUGGUGCAGCACUACGAGGCGCAGGACAAGAAGGUGUUGGUCGUGCUACACGAACGCCGCACCUCCGACGAGGAAGUGCCGGCCGAGCAUCGCGCGCAGAUUGCGGAGUGGCAAGCGAGCCACAAGAUGUUUAACUGCCAGUACGGCAACAAUGACGACUGGUACUGGCUCUAUGCUGCGGUAAAACUCGGUGGCCGCACACUUUUGAUCUCCAACGACGAGAUGCGCGAUCACCACUUCCAAAUGAUCCACAACCGAGCUUUCCGCCGCUGGAAGGAGCGCCACCAGGUUCAUUAUCAAGUGUACGGCAGUCGUGUGACGGUCGACGAGCCGCUUCCGUACUCGGCACGACCGCAACGCGUCGGUGACAACUGGCACUUUCCUGCCGCAGACACAGCGGCCGACGAUAGCACCACCGAGACGGCGCCUGCACAAGUCGCAGAUCGCAAAUGGCUGUGUGUUGAGCUGGCACCAGCAAUUUAG